AUGGAAAAAUCUCGACAACUGAAGAAACAGCUUGGGCUGAAGGCUAAGAAACCAUCUUUAGGUGAUGCAUUGUUUAAAGUUGCAUGGCUGAAGAAUAUCCAAGAGGUUUAUAAUCACAUUGACCCUUCCCAGUUGACUGAAGACUAUGGAGGAUUUUUGUCUUAUAAUCAUCAAGCUUGGUUCCAUUUCCAAAUGGAUAUUGGUAAUUUAGUAAGGAGAGCUCAUGACAUGGAGGGAAAAAUUCCUUCCUCCAGGGAUCAAAUUUUUCUGUUGCAAGAAUAUGAUGUCAUGGAUCUAACUUUGAAAGAAUUGGAGCAUCUUUUGCAGCAGUUGGAAGGAAAAUACCAUGGAAUUAUGCAGAAUCUUAACCUUGAAGCAACCAUUGAUGAGUGUCGAUAUGCAAUCAACAGACUUGAGCAACCAGAAAAUGACCCUGUCCUUGCUCAGAUCUCCUCCAUUCUCUUGUUCACAACCAAAGUCGAUCUUUGUCAGCUUUACAAUUAUUUUCUCAGCACCAAAAAAGAACUCGCUCAAAUAUGGCAAGAGGUGAACUAUAAUAUUGAAAAAUUACGUCAGUAUCUGAUAUGUAAGGAGAAAACCAACCAGCUUUGUCUUGAGAUUGCUGAACAGUAUGAACUUCGAAUAGCACAGCAUCCGAUUGUUGGGAAAACGCUCAAUGAAGCUCAAAUGUGUAGCAUUCAUUUUGAAUCUUCUUUGUACAAACCAGCCAAGGAGUUGUUAACCAGAGCGACUGAAAUCCUAGAGGAAAUGCAUCGUAUUCAGUUACCAAAGAUAUCCAAUGACAAUUCCGAUCCUGGCUUCUUGGCUGAAUUUACCAUCACGAUUCAAAUGUUUGCUGAAACACUUGACAACAUCUACAAGCAGUACACAAAUAUCAUUUAUUUUUAUUUGGUUUUUGAAAAAUGCCUGGUCUGGUACCAGAAAGUUCUUCAUUUCUUACCCAUUAGCCUAAAUAAACUGUUGAUCAGUGUCCAAGAAGCACCGUCCACUACCUCUUCUUCAUCAUCCACUUCAUCAUCAGGUUCUGUUGACAGACCCCAAGCUAAGGUUGAACCAAUUCCUGAGGAGUGGCCUAAACUGGUGGGCAUGAUCCACAGUAGGUACCCAGGACCUAAGAAAGAACAUUUGGCUAUUCUAAAUUCAACAGCCCCACCUAACAUUGACUGUGAUGCUAGAGGACAUUCAGCUCUUUUGGCACACAGAAUUCAACUGCUGACAGCUGUGCUUCAGAAAAGCUUGUUCCGCAGACAUCAACUUCAGAAAGCCAUGCAGUGGAAAGAUGUUUUACUUGCUGGCGAUGAUAACAUUGUCAAUUAUUACUUAGCGCUAAAUAGCAGCUUCCCUCAGUUAAACUGCGGGCAUAAUAAUUUGCUUCGACUACAAGAUGAAUAUCUUUCCCAUUCAAUGCAUAACUUGGGUAGAGAUGAAGUUAUAUAUGACAAACUCAGUGACACCGUCUCUUUGACUAAGGAGCAUGACAGUUACCCAAAUUUAAAUCACCCAGAAAAUUUGUUGGCCAACACUGCAUCUAGGGCCUACAAUAAUCCACCAUGGAUUCCAUCAAACUUUGUCCACCGUCCACAUAGCAAGGACUGCCCUGGUCGCCCUCCGUCCCCCAUGGCAGAGUGGAUGAAUUGCUGUGGUGCUGCUGAUGUAUUGGCUGAAGACUUUAACACUGUUAGUUUGUAUUCUUCUUCAUGGGACAAAAGUGAAUCAGAACAAUUAGAUGAUCUACAAGAAAUAACCAAAGAUGAAUCAUUUGAUUGCCAGUUUUAUGAGCAACAGCAAGAAGAAGUUCGGUCCAGCCUGCAGAGAACGGAGAAAAUACUCUUGGAACAAGAACGUCUUUUAUACUCUCACAUGAUGCCUAAAGAAGAAGACCCGACACUCAUGACUGAUGAUCUGUUCAGUCACUGGAGUAACGACUCAGCUUAUGUUGGAGACAGUGAACAUUUGUGUCCAUCAAUCAUAUCCAACACUCAAGGGUCUUCUCCUUCCUCUGAUUGUGGCUUUGUUGGCCGAGACAGUAACAGCCCAGAUUUUUUAGAGACAACUGACCAAGAAACAGAACUUUACAAUAUACCAAAACCAGUCAGCAAUCUCCAAGAUGAUGGACAAUGGCCAACUGAUGAUGAGCCUGAAAGAGAGACCCAGUCUCCAAGUGAUGAAGCCAAGGAAUUGUAUGCAAAUACCAGAAACAGUAAUGAAAAGAAUUGCAAAGAAUCCAGUGCCAAGCUAAAGGAAAAGCGGAAUCACUCAGAGUCAUCGAUGACCAAGAUCUCAAAAUCAGAAAUACGAAGCAAGGCUGAAAAACACCACAGUAAAACAACACCGGUGAAGCUCUCAAUUUUCCAAACCAAUUCCACCUCACAAGCGGAUAACUUUUCAUCUAUCUAUCUAUCUAUCUAUCUAUCUAUCUAUCUAUCUAUCUAUCUAUCUAUCUAUCAUUGGGUAUAA